AGAAGACUGAACUGAGCUCCUGACACGAGGAACGGAAGGGUAUAAAAAAAUAUUAUAAAAUAAACAGGAUGGGAUUAACUUCUCAUAGUUAUAGAGUAGUUUUCAUAAAGAAAUAACAAUUUGAAAUGAUAAACGAAGAGAUCAAAACGAGAUGCGUUGGCCGGGAAUCGAACCCGGGUCAACUGCUUGGAAGGCAGCUAUGCUAACCACUAUACCACCAACGCCAACGAGAAAGAGGUUUUGUUUGUGUCACUAUAUUUGGUCACAUCUGUGAUUUGAUUGUAAUAAUAGAAGUGGUUAUAUAUUGUAUGUGUGAUUUUAAUUUUAAAAAUUUGGGCUACAUAGAUAUUUUUAUUCAUUCUGUGCAGCAAUCAGAUCCACAAGACAAGAACCCCCCAUCGAGUAUUUUAUGUAACUGGCUAGUUUACAUAUUUUACUAAAGCAUUUUGUGAAUUAAUUAAAAAUGUACUAUUAUUAUAGAACUAAAAUAUACCGUUUGCAUUUAAUUUUGGCCCUUAUUUUUUCACCGAAAAUGAGCUCUGACGCGCAGCUUCGGAAAGUGCGGUUUGACCCAGGAAAGCGAUAGUACCAAGAAAUACCACUUCCAGGGCAACGCUUUUGCGUUGCAGACAAGUCACAAGCGGAGAGCAGUGGGAACCGCCCUGUGCUGCUGCGCGAUGUCGGUCGACCCGUCCGUGCUGCGCGUGAAGCCGCAGCUCUCGAGGCUGCUCGCGCAGCGCAGGAGAGACAUCGAGAGUGCGAUCGCCGCGAGGCGCAGCGAGAUCGAGAGGCGCAUCCGCAGCAGAAAGUGCUUCUUGCAGAGGCUCAAGGGCAUGGCACCAGUAGCUUUGAGCCCUUAUACUGGACCAUGGAACUUUUCAGAGAACUCCGACUCAGACUGGUGGGAGGAAGUGGUGUUGAAGAAGUUUCAGCCUAACGACUGGUUGGAGAAGUUCCGCAUGAGCCGGGACACGUUCUUCUCCCUGUGCGGCAAGCUGGAGCCGCGGCUGGCGCGGACCAACAUGAGCGUCCUGCAGGGACUGCCCCUUGAGAAACGGGUGGCUGUGGCACUUUGGCGGCUCGCCACAAACGUGGAGUAUCGCACCGUUGGUAUGCUCUUUGGCCUGGGGUACUCCGGCGUGUGCCAGUGCGUUCGGGACGUGUGCCACGCCAUUGUGCUGCUGCUGAAGCCCCUCUACCUGCAGCUGCCUGGAGAGCAAGAGAUGGAUGCCAGCGCCACAGUCUUCAAUACUCACUGGGGUUUCCCUCACUGCGUGGGCACGGUGGACUGCCUCCACAUCCCCGUCGUGGCACCGACAGACAGGGGUGCCGACUGGUGGAACCGCAGCGGCUGGCAGUCUGUGGUGAUGCAGGGUGUGGUGAACGCGCGGGGUAUGUUUUGGGACGCGUGUGCCGGCUUCUCCGGAAGCACCGAGGACGUCACUAUACUGCUGAACUCUUCUCUGUGGAGCACCGCCACCGAGGGGGGGCUGUCCCCCCAGCCACCCAGAAACUUCAUGGGCCGCCCACUGAAGUAUGUGCUGCUGGGUGAUGCUGCCUACCCUUUACAGAGCUGGCUGCUGAAAUGCUACCCAGAAUCACCCUUACUGGCUUCCUGUCAUCGUGCUUUUAACUACCACCUUACCCGCGCACGAAGCAUCAUUCACGACACGUUUCAACGUCUCAAAGCCCGCUGGCAGUGUCUUUACAGAGGCAGCGACUGUCCGAUGGACGUGCUGCCUACCGUGAUUCUGGCCUGCUGCGUUCUGCACAACGUGUGCGAGACGCACGGGGACACUUUCCUCCAGGAGUGGCUGGAGGAAGUGAGCGAGCCCGAUGGUCCCCAGCCCAACGACACGCUUCCCGCCUACAUGGAUGACCCUGGUGCCGAGGAGGUGCGGUCUCUGUUCUGCGAGUACUUCCAGCAGGUUGGGAGACACCCGCCUCAGGCAGGACCACCCUGCUCUGGUGCUACUUCCCCAAACUCAGCAGAGACGGCUGCAGCAGUAGAAAUGCUGGCCCUUCUUUAAGUUGCACAGGGUGCACUCAUCCCCUGACACUGGGCCUCUCAGUGUGUGGUUUUUCUCAUAUCCAGGCUGUUAUUAUAGAGGUCAUCAUUAAUCAAUCCAGAUUUUCAUUCAACAGGUCUGGGACAUUCAAUCCAGGCCGGUGACAUGCAGUUUAACACUUCAAAAUGAAAUUGCAUUUGAAAGUUGUGCAAUGCAGUUGAGAAAGAGUGUGAAACAUCAUUUUGAGGGCACGAGGUAUCCACACUCUGCGAUUAUCGACCGCGCUGAGCUGAUGAGGGUUAAAUGAGGUGGUCCUGUUCAAAUGGACAAUUGGAGGAGUGGGUGUUCGCACUGCAGAGUGUGAAUAGAUGCAGAUUCUGCCAGAUGCUCUUGUUUUACAGUCUGUAUUUUCUCCUGUUUAUAUUUUAAUAAAGAACUGUCAGUCCACUCCA